AUGAUUCAGAUUUGGGUUCCUACAAAUCCUCAUGGAGCUGAAAGACUACCCCCAAGAAUUGUGGAAUCUCAAUCAGAUCUCUAUCUUCGUCGGUUGUGGGGUCUACCCGAUCAGGACCUAAGUAUCAAACCCAAGUAUCUUGUAACUUUUACUGUCGGGUAUGAUCAGAGAAACAACAUUGAUGCUGCAAUAAAAAAGUUCUCAGAAAACUUCACCAUUGUGUUGUUUCACUACGAUGGGCGCGCUAGUGAAUGGGAUAACUUUGAGUGGUCAAAGAAAGCAAUUCAUAUCAGUGCUAGAAAGCAAACUAAAUGGUGGUAUGCUAAACGCUUUCUACAUCCUGACAUUGUGGCUCCCUAUGAUUACAUAUUCAUUUGGGAUGAGGAUCUUGGUUUGAAGAAUUUCGAUGCAGAGGAGUACUUGAAAAUGGUAAGAAAGCAUGGUUUGGAGAUAUCACAACCUGGUCUAGAUCGGAAAAGUGAUUUUACAUGGGAAAUGACACGGAAAAGGGAUAAAGGUGAAGUACACAAGGAUGAGAAAAAUGGUUGGUGUCCAGAGCCAAACUUGCCACCUUGUGCUGCAUUUGUUGAGAUCAUGGCUCCUGUAUUUUCCAGAGAUGCAUGGCGCUGUGUGUGGCAUAUGAUACAGAAUGACCUGAUUCAUGGAUGGGGUCUUGAUUUUGCUCUCAGAAAAUGUGUGGAGACUCCUCAUAAGAAAAUAGGAGUUGUUGAUGCUCAGUGGAUUGUCCAUCAAAGUGUUCCUUCACUUGGGAACCAAGGGCAAGCAGAGACUGGCAGGGCACCAUGGGAAGGGGUGAGGGAGAGGUGUAAGAAAGAAUGGACAAUGUUCCAAGAACGUAUGGCUAAUGCUGAGAGGGACUAUUUUCAGGGACUGACCCUUAACUCCACUGGAAGCUAGGGAUUAUUAUGCAAUUAAGAAGGAGUUUUUUUAUCCUCUUCAUUGAGGAAUGGAUAAUAUAGUGUGUUUGUUUUCCAGCUGAAAGCACAUUCAAGUUUCAACAGACAUAUUUAACUUUCAAGAAUAGUUUUUCCAACUACACAAUGUUAUUGGAUUGAGAAAAAACACAUUGUUAUCCAAACACACAUACUGAAGACAACUUUAAGGUUCUGAGA